AUGCGCAACGAAUGAGGGCCAUUUCCCGAAACGUCGCCUAUUAUAUGUAUUUAUAUAGAUCUUGUUCUGUCUCUCCUUUAAAGGCCACGCGUGUGACUGCCGAACGUGUUUGCGUGGUUUGUUUGUUUUGUUGUUGCUGCUGCUGACGUUUGAGCGCCUUGCGUAUGUGAACUACGGAAUUGGAGUGCGCGCGGCGGCCUCCGUAGGCGCGAAAGGCAGAGACAUGGCGAGUGGACCGUCGCAAGACGUGCAGAAUAAAAACCGCGCGGCCAUCCUGGCGGAGCUGAACAAGGAGAAGAAGAAGCUGAUGUCACAGACGCCAGCGAGCAGUUUCACGUUGGCGCGUCCCGUCGCCAAGGAGAUGCGGGAGCACGCGGAGCUACAGCACACGGCACAGCAGCAGAAAGCAGCACUGCAGCACGCGCAUGCACAUUCCUUCGGAUUCUUCAUCACGCAGGACUCUGCCUUCGGGAACCUCAUUCUGCCCGUGCUGCCUCGCCUGGAGCCCGAAUAACAUCCCCCUGCUAGCCUCCUCCUCGCAUCCUCCUCGCAUCCUCCAACCCACUAGCCCCGCCAUCCCAUCCCUGAUCCUACCAGCCCAGUAACAGAAACAACAGCCUCCGUUCGCACCCAAGUUACUGUGACAUCACCGCAGUUCUCGUGCCGGGGCUAGGUGCACUUUGAGGCUGCCUGAAGUGUCGGAAGCCUCCCUGGCAGGAGGUCACGGGACAGACCCAGGUGGUUAUUUGGGGUCGGCUGGCUGAGAUGACUCGCCCACUCUUCAGGUGGCACAUUGAGCACGUGCGUUUGUGUUUGUGUGACUUGGGUGAGGCCAGGCCAUGGGGACAUGGGGAGGGGGGAUGCGGAAAAACAUGGGGACACAGGAGAGACAGCAGCAAGAUGGGCGGUGCAGUGACAUGGCAAGACGUGCUCGCUGGAGACAAGAGGACAUGAGACUUUUGGGAGGCAUUGGAGACACAGAGGCGUGCGAUAAAUUGGGACGGGGCAGAUAUGUGGGAGACAUAGGGACGUGCAAGACAAAUGGAGACAGGGGAGACAGGUUAUUGACAUCGGAUUGAAAGCUGGAAGAACCCGGUGAGCUUUGAAUAUCGUUUUCAAAGGUGUCCAGCCCAAGCUGGGGGUCGGCUUUUGCAGAAAAUGACAGAGAUAAAUGAAACAACUGCAUGCAUACUCAUAUGCAACGUCGAACAAAACAUAAGUGUAUAGAAAGAAAGAAUAUGAGCAUUAGUUAAAACUCUACAAAGAAAGGAUCAGUUACAUUUGAAAAUGCACAGUUGUCAUAGCUGAGAGUCACAGUGGCAGAUGUGGGUGUAAUUGGCAUCGAGUGUGAGUUUAAGAGCAAAGAUGAGACAGGGUUUGAGAGCCAGGUGGGAGACAUGGGGAGACAGAGGGUCAUGUCCUGUCAAUUCUGCGAAGGCGUGAAUGGAGGUGUCUUCUUCUGUCUGGCUUUUGAUGUAUGUACCUCUUUCGCACCGCACGUAGCCGACCGUGCUAAUCAGAGGUGCGGGAGAAGGACAACAAACUAAACACAAAUAGCAGUUCUGAGCAGUUCUAAAGAAAUUAGUUUUCAAAGUUGAGACUCCUCACCUCCAAUGAUACCAUUGUAGAUGUGAUGUCAUGAGGGCGCAUGAUACAGCCGGUGUAUUGAGCAUUGUGGGGGGAGCGGUAGUGCAGCGGUUAGCGUUACGCUGCGCCACAAACCCGGCGACCAGAGUUCGAUUCCCGCUCACGGUCUAUACCAGUGACGAUUAUCUGAACCGGUCCUGGGCCUCCCCUUGAUUGACCCAUCCUCAAAUGAGUACCUGAUGCGAUGUGUAAAACAUCACCACUUGGGAGACAAAGGUAGGCGGACGUGGUGUUGACUACCGACCCCCUCGUGUGCUGUGCCGGCCUUCAUAGGUGCUGCUCGCUAACAGCACUUGCCUCGACAGUCUGUUAAGGCUACACGGGGGACCUUUGUGCUAAGCGUGGUCCAUGAAACAGCACGCGCUUGUCGUUCUGCAAGGAGCGGGCCACGUGUGCCCCUGUUGCGGUCUAAAUUUGGCAAAUUUAGAAAAAAGCACGUCGAUUAUCGCCCCUCCCCACCCCCCUCAUGAGAAAUCGAUCGGGAACCACCUGACAAAAAAAAUAUUUGGAAAAUAAAUGGUUCUUCGCUGUUUUACACCGGGGAAAACCUCGCCCAGUCUCAAGUUGUUCAAGAGCGUCCUGCCAAGUUUUCACCAAAAGGCGACCGAUGCUGCUACGUUUGCUCAAAUUGAGCAAUGAGGUUUAUGUAACAAUAUGGGAUGGCUGAUGUCAAGAGGCGGUCAUUCUAUGAGGCUGGCAUUCGCACUAUACUGAUUUGUAUAUGAAUGUUUCAUUUGUAAAAUAAAUGUGGAAAAUCCCA